AGGAUUAACUCUCCUCAUUAGGACUCCCCCGCCUCUCCCCAUCGUCUCUCCUCCCCUGACGGCCUCCCUCGCUCUUAUUGGCUGCCUCUCCCAGGAACACCGCUGACUGGAUAGUCGUGACAACAGGACACAGGAGAGAGGGAAGGAGGUGGAACGGGUUGAUGUUGCCACGGCGAUAGAGGAGGGGACCACUCGUCAAAUCAUUGAGCUAAGGCUGAAAAACAGUAAAGUGGAGGGGUGAGGAAAGCGGGUGAGGAGGAGAGGAGUGGAAAAACAACAACAACUACAGCAAGGGAUUAGGCAUCGAGCGAGCAAUCAUGAAGUCCAUUUAGGACAAAGCGGCGUUAAAAAUCCCCCCAGACUAAGGUUGUGAUCAUCAGAGAUGAGCUGACAGUCCGAUUGGACAGCUGCUUUAGGUCUGUGUGGGAAAAAAAUAGAAGCACACAAAGGAAGGAAGAAAGAAAGAAAGCAGGUGAAAAUGGGAAAAUAUCAGCUCCUGUUCAGUCUCUCGACCCUGAUAAUGUGAUGUUUCACUGCUGGCGACGAUGAGCGAGAGGAGGUAAGCUGGUUGUAGUGAUGCCUGAGGCACAGGAGUAGAAGCAGAGAGAGAGGGAGGGAGGCUGGCAUUAUUGGAUAUGAAGAGCAUGCGUCAGCACUAAAGCAGCCAAAGAGAGAGAGAGAGAGAGAGAGAGAGAGAGAGAAAGGGUGACAGCAGAGUUGUGCGAGAUGCAGGGCGAGGUGGAGUAAGACUGCGAUUGAGGGUGGAGGUGAUUACCGUGGCUUGAGACGGGACAACAGAAAUCGAAGGGUGCUGGAUUUGUCACCUCCAGUGCCACACCUCGGCUGCAUCAUCACACCGUUCCAUGACAUCAGCAGCCUCUACACACAGGACUAUAUGGAUUCUUUGAAUGUAUUCGGAAGGAUCAGCUUCACACCUCAGAUGCUUUAUGGAGAUAUAAUCCACUGAUGUGUGAAAAGAACAAACUCUGCACGAUUUAUAAAAAACAGCCUGUUUUUUUUUGGCUUUCAGAGGAGGAAGAUUCCUCGCCUGCAAGGAAAGCAACAUAAAAUAGGAGGAAUUAUUGUCCGGAGCUAGACAGAGGAAUGCAUCACUAAAUCCCAUCUCGAUAAAGAUCAGCUCUUGUGUUUUUACAGACUGGUCAGUCAGUGAAUGCAGCACUGUUAUCAGUGUGUGAAAAUGUGGAAGUCAUUGUCCGUCCAUUUUCAAGAGGAGCUGACUAAAUGAAGAGGACAAUGAAGGUGUGACUAUUUGAGAACGAAACCUCAAAGCAGGCUGAUUGACUGGCCGACUGACUGACUGAGAGAGUGAGUGGGCUGCUGGAGCUGCGGCUAUCUGAGGACACUGUAGGCCCGGGGAGGAACCGGUCGAGUGUAUGAGCUCCAUCAUGGGUGAGACGGCAGAGUACCAGAGGCUGCAGGACACGUCAGAGUCCGACUACGAACGACUGCCCAGCGAUGACGAAGAGAAACUGGGCAGUAGUAUGCAGUGUGAGGAAGGCACAGAAUGGCUGCUGGAGCUGCUGAUGGAGGUGCAGCUGCAGCAGUACUUCCUGCGGAUCAGAGAUGACCUUAAUGUCACGCGGCUGUCUCACUUCGACUACGUCAAGAACGAAGACCUGGAGAAGAUCGGCAUGGGACGACCUGGACAGAGACGACUGUGGGAGGCCGUGAAAAGAAGGAAAGCCAUGUGCAAGCGCAAGUCCUGGAUGAGCAAGGUGUUCAGUGGUAAGCGCCCAGACGGAGGGGACUUCCCCCAGCAGGGCCAGCCGGCCUCCUCCUUCCGUAAACUGUCUUCCACACCUCCUCUGGGCCUCGGUGAGGGGGUACUGACCACUCAGCCAGAUGGUGGAGCUCCUCUUGAUGGGCAGCAGCAGGCUCUGACCUGCCUCAUCCCAGAGAAAGAUCUGACGCUGUUUGAGAAGCUCGGGGACGGGUCGUUUGGUGUGGUGAAGAGAGGAGAGUGGCUGACACCUGCAGGGAAGGUGCUGAACGUCGCUGUCAAGUGUCUGAAGACGGACGUGCUCAGCCAGCCCGACGCUCUGGAGGACUUCAUCUGUGAGGUCAACGCUAUGCACUCCCUGGACCACCAGAACCUCAUUCGCCUCUAUGGUGUGGUGCUCACACACCCAAUGAAGAUGGUGACCGAGCUGGCUCCUCUGGGUUCUCUGCUUGAGCGUCUGCGCUGUGUCCGUCCUCAGGGCCCAGUGUUGAUCCACACUCUGUGUCAGUACUCCGUGCAGGUGGCCUGUGGGAUGGCGUACCUGGAGCAGAGGAGGUUCAUCCACAGGGACCUGGCUGCUAGGAACAUCCUGCUGGCCUCAGCUCACAGAGUGAAGAUCGGUGACUUUGGCCUGAUGAGGGCGCUGCCUAACAACCACGAGCACUAUGUCAUGCAGGAGCAUCGAAAGGUCCCCUUUGCAUGGUGUGCCCCGGAGAGCCUGAAGACUAGAACAUUCUCACAUGCUUCAGAUACAUGGAUGUUUGGAGUCACGCUCUGGGAGAUGUUCACACAUGGCCAGGAGCCUUGGCUGGGCCUUAAUGGGAGCCAGAUCCUGCACAAGAUAGAUAAAGAAGGGGAGCGCCUCCCAAAGCCUGAGGACUGUCCACAGGAUAUCUUUAACGUCAUGCUGCAGUGCUGGGCUCAGAAACCAGACGACAGACCUACGUUUGUCGCCCUGCGCGAGUUCCUGCUGGAGACCAUGCCCACAGACAUGUGUGCUCUGCAGGACUUUGAUGAGGCCGACAAACUCCACAUUCAGGUCAAUGAUGUCAUCACCAUCAUAGAGGGGAGGGCAGAGAACUACUGGUGGCGAGGUCAGAACAAGCGGACCCUGAAGAUGGGACAGUUCCCCAGAAACGUGGUGACAUCAGUCGCGGGUUUGUCGGCUCAUGACAUCAGCCGGCCGCUCAAGAACAGCUUCAUCCACACGGGACACGGAGACUCCAACCCUCACCGCUGCUGGGGCUUCCCUGACAGGAUCGAUGAUCUGUACCUCGGGAAUCCCAUGGACCCUCCGGAUGUCCUCAGUGUCGACCUCAGUGCUGCUCGUCCCACACAGCUCCCAGGGCGGGCUAGAAAGGAGCCUCCUCCCCGGCCUCCUCAACCGGCCGUGUUUAUCAAGAAGCCUUGCUAUGAUCCAGUGAACGAUGACGAGGAUCUGACUUCAGUCGGACUAAAGAGAUUAUCACUUCGAAAAACAGGAUCUGUCAAAGGCUUAAAACUGAAACCGGCUGCGUGGAUCUCUGCCUCCAAACAGGGGGGAGGCCGGACUUCAGGCCCAGGGUACAACCCCCACAGUGAGGUGUCCCUCAUUGACUUUGGGGAGGAGUUCCCCCCGCCAACACCCUCCCCCUCCCCUGUGUUUGAAGUUCAGAUUCCUUUCCUUGCACGGCUCGCUUUGGAAGCAGGGAACAUCCUUGAUCGGACUCCACCUCAGAGCCCGUCGAAAUCUUUGCCCCGCCCCCUACACCCAACGCCUGUUGUGGACUGGGAUGCUCGGCCUUUACCUCCACCCCCAGCAUAUGAUGAUGUAGCUCAGGAUGAAGACGACAUGGAGGUGAGCUCCAUCAACAGCUCGGAGCAGCAGCAUGAAGAGGAGCUGGAGGAAGAUGAUAUCAGUGCUGUUCAGAAGGUGGAGGGUGAGGUGCUGGUCUCCAGGGGUUCAGACAGACCAGGACUGGAGGACAACCUCUUCCUCCCCAGCAAGCACAGCCAGAAUCUGUCCACCUCCUUCUCCCAGUCAGCGGAGAUCUUCCAGGAGCUGCAGCAGGAAUGCAUGAGGAGACUCAACGUACCCACAGCUAGUGCUGCACCCUCUCAGACCUCCACCUCCUGCCCCCAGACUCCACAGACUGAGGGACACCAGCAGGGUGUCCUGUUCCCCAAUGAUGACAAACCUCAGAUCCCCCCUCGUGUCCCCAUCCCCCCACGCCCUGUAAAAAGAGGCGACUACUCCUCUUCUCGCUGGUCGAGGGAUCUCUCUCUGUCACCGACAACGGUCGACCCAGUUGAUGAUGUUUCAGCCUUAGACCCGGACAGGCCUCCUCAGAUUCCCCCCAGGGACCCUCUGUCCCAGCCGGGCUCCAGAACUCCCAGCCCCAUGACCCUGGUGGUGGGCUCCCCCCAGCAGAGAAUCUACUCUGUCAGCCCCACCACCUCCUGCUCCUCCACACACAACUACGGCUCCUACCUCUCCACCUCCCCGGGUAAACUUAUGCCCACCACACACAGCUUCGCCUCAGACCCCAAAUAUGCUGCACCUAAAGUGAUCCAGGCGCAGGGGAAGGACGCCUCUAGUAAGGGCCCCUGUAUCCUCCCUAUUGUACGAGAUGGACGUAAAGUCAGUAACACCCACUAUUACCUUCUGCCAGAGAGGCCACUGUACCUCGACCGCUACGACCGCUUCUUCAGGGAGGCGGAGAGUCUGCCCUCCAGCGCUGUGGAGGAGAGACACGUACGGCAAGCUAACAUGGCCACAGUCAGGCCCAUGGUGGUCAGUGGCCAGACCCUACAGGGACACACCCAGGUCGCCCAGCCUGGCGAGCUGAAGGCCAACUUCUCCUCCAACAAUAACAGCAGUCUAGGUGUGCCGCGGCCAGGGAUGAAGACAUCAGUUAGUCUCCCUCGCGUCUGUUCAGACGGCCUGACAGCACCAGUGGGUCUUGCUUCCUGCACCAGGACAGACGGAGGAGGGAACUCUUCAAACAGGGUCCAAAUGGUGCAGGAAGCAGUUCACGGUGUGACGAUAGAGGAGUGCCAGGCCGCCCUCCAGAACCACAACUGGAACAUUCAGAAAGCUGUGCAUUAUCUAAAGGUGGAGCAGUUGUUCGGUUUGGGCCUGAGGAGCAAGUCCGAGUGUCUAAAGCUGCUGGAGAUGUGUGACUGGAACCUGGAGGUGGCCAGCACGCAGAUGUUAGAUAACUAUGGAUCCACAAACAGACAGAGACGGUGACAGAGAUCCCGAGCUGCUGAGCUCUGAUUUGGGACUUCAUCCUCAGAAAAACAUCAUCAGCCAAGGUGAAUACACACCUGACCCUCCUGUUCACACACAGCCAAUCAGAAGGCUGUAUUUGACUUUGGAAGAAUCCAGCACAUUUUUUGUGAACUAGGACAAAUACCAAACCGCAUUAUGGUUCCUUUUAUAUUUAACGUCAGCCGUCACUUUCUUUGACAAAGUUUGACCUUUGGACUGAGAGAUACGUGACUGUUGCACUUAUGAAGAAUUUUCAGACCACCACCUACCGUCUACCAUCUUUUAAAUGAAGGCACCUCUCCUUACUUUAAUGAACAAUUUCAUUUAAAAGAACAUAAACCUGGGUGCUUCAUCACCAGGUAAGAUCCUCUUACCGGUUAUCUCACUGCUGCAAUGACACUGUUGACUGACUGCAGAGAGGUUAUUUAAACUUUUUGUUUUUUUUACUAAUUAUAUUAAAAAGUCGGUCUGAAGUGAAUCUGAAGAGUCCAAAAGCAGCGGAAUAGCACAAUAAAAUCAGUGGCACUCCACAAAAAUGUCCGUACUUUGAAAAAGUAUUUUAAUAUUGUUUUCAACACUCACAGCCGAGUGUACGGUAACUGAGAUCUGUUUUUUUAAUUCCUCAGACCGUUUGGGAAUUUAACUUAAACACUGAACAGAUAAUGUGGAGACAGUCCAUGAAAGUUUAACCUUGUUUUGGCUUCCGCAGCGCGAUUUCAAAGCUUUUGUUUUUUUCGAUUCUUCAAAAGCACAACAAAACAAAAAGUGGAUAUUUAAAUGGUAGCCCAGGUCGUACUGCACAGGAAAUAAGAUGGUCUUUGUAUUUUUAGGGAUAUGAUCAUGCUGCUGAGUCAAGGAUAUAUGUGCAGAAGAAAUACUGUUUAAAAAAAAAAAAAAAAGUUUCUACAUUAAUAAGGGUCACCCUAUGGACAAUUUGUCGAGCACUUUUUAAAGUUGGUAUGGGGCUGAUAGUUAGAUUUCUGUGUGGAGAGUUAAAGGUGAAAUCGGAGGAGAAUAAAUGAAAACAGAAGAUCAGAAGAAGCAGUUUGUCUGAGAUUUACUUGUUUUUGGAGACUUACAAAAGGUUUUUAUUUAUUAAUCUUACCUUCUCUUCAAAGACAUUGAGUUAAUAUUAUAUAUUAUGAAUGCAGUUCUCAAAGGCAGACCAUCAUAUGGGUCUCCCUUUCCAUUUACCACCAAUCUAUGACUAUGGUGAUGUGAGGCUUAGGAAUACAAUGGACACACCUCCGCCUCUCACCUCUAAGCACCCACACAGACCUCUCCCGUGUAUCAGCUCAAAAGUCCUUCCAGCUCUGAGUUUUCUGAACGAGUCCACACUACUUUGGAAGCCAAUAACGGCAUUGCGGUAAAAAUUUACCCUGAAGCACACUUGCUGUUCCCAUUAUCAUCACUUCACACAGCACAAGUGUGAUACUCUGGUCAGCAGCUUCAGGGGGCAGACUUGUGUGAAACUGUGAGGACGUGUCUGUCAGCGCUGGGUGAACUCACUGUUGGAUGUGACAAUAGAUCUCCUGAGUGGGCAUUGUCACAGUGCAGCCCUCAGCUAUGGGAUGUUCAAAACUCAGUGCCCUCUCCAACUUUAGUUUUUUCCCAAUUUAUUCCAGAUACACUUAGUUUGUGAAAACUCUGCUUAAAGGAAGGAAAACAAAGCUCUGAAAGGAAUUCAUGAUUUGACCCAAUCAGUCCUGAAAAAACACAUUUGACUGGUUUGCUCACAUGAUCCCUACUGUUCUUCUUCUGUGGAUAAAAUACCAGUCUUUACCAAAUGUUGCCCAUCUAUUAAUAUUACAACAUCAAUGUUUAUCCUCAUGUAGACACUGGCUGAGCUCCAAGCAAACUGGUCCCUCCAUAUGUCCAUAACCCCCCCCCCCCCCCCCACUGUAAAUGUCAUGUCUGAGCACAAUCUGUCUGGGCAGGAGCUUCAAACGGCCUCUGAAAAAGCUAAUGUGGAAGCACAACAAACCUGCUGUCUGCCUGGGCAAAUUAAGAGGUUUGGAGAAUAAAUAAAUAUGAUAAAUGGUGUUUUUUUAAGGAUGUACAGGACUGAUUUUAGAAUAAAGCUUUCUCCUGUGUGCAAUAAGGCUGCUGUAGAACCUGUAACCUCCCACUCUGUCCAUCCAUUGGUGCCAUCCUGCUGUGUGAAAUCAGCUCUGAUUCUCUGUCGUUUGUGUUAUUGAAUGCACAGCAAACACCUUUUUUUCAGUAUGAAGUGUUUGGUGACUCUGUUUUCCUUUCCUAAAAAUGACAUGAAGUUGUCCUGUAACACUGAUCCACUCUCAGUUUAGGUCGAGCUGAUUGAUUGUAAACAGUGCAUGAGAAAAGCUUGAUGUGAGUCUGUUCAUGUGUCAGGUUUGUCUUUAAACCAAGCUGCUGUAGUUGUUUUGAAGGACUGAAGUGAACCUUGUGGUGUUGUGAUCGACCCCCAGCAACAUUGUUCUCUUGUUGUUGAAACUCUCUGUUCAGUUCUGUUUAGUCAUUGUUCGUCCACGUCUGUUUCCUCAGAAACUCGGCUAUUUGAUGUCAUUUUUAAUCAUUUUCAUCUUUUUCCUUCAAUCCAUUUUUGCCAUUACUUCCUCAUUUGUGUUUUUAUUUGAAACUCCUCCUGUACAGUUGGUUUUCUCUGUGUUUCUCCUCCUGGAUUGAUAGAAAUGUUGAAGAGAAGUUCAUGCUGCCGAAUUUAUAAAUGUAUUUUUUAUUAAAGAUUUGAUUAUUUUUUAA